UCAAUGACGUCUAUAGAAGCUAUACGACUUACUUAUCGUUGUGUUUACUACUUCCCGGGUUUUUGUGUCAUCUCCCUUUUUCCUUCAAUAUUUUUUAUUAUAUUGUCUGCGUUACACAAGUCAUAAGACGUAAAUAGACAUAUAUAACGUAUUUGUAUUCUGUAAAUACAUUUAGAUAAGAACAAUAUAGUUAAUCCCGCCUCAUCUAUCAAAUAAAACUCGUAUUAUAGAUAACAACUCCAUUAUAAAGAUUAAUCCGUAACGAGUAUAGUGUGUGAUCAUAAUAAUGUCUGAAUAUGGAAAAUUCGGUCCGCUAAUUGGUGCCAUUGACGAGGGCACUUCAAGUGCGCGGUUUAUUAUUUUCAAAGCGAAUUCUUCAGAAGUUGUAGCAUAUCAUCAGAAAGAGCUUGAGCAAAUUUUCCCCCAAGAAGGAUGGGUUGAACAAGAUCCGAACGCAAUUUUAGAAGUGGUUACGACAUGCAUACAGAAAGCAGUUGAGAGUUUGGUGUCGUUAGGAGGUUCAGCUAAGGAUAUAAUUGCUGUUGGUGUAACUAAUCAAAGAGAGACAACAAUAGUUUGGGAUCGAAGCACAGGCAAACCUUUACACAAUGCAAUUGUUUGGUUGGAUAUGAGAACUUCUUCUACUAUCGACAAGUUGUUGGACACGGUACCCAACAAAACAAGGAAUAAAAAUUACUUAAAGCCAUUGUGUGGACUUCCUUUGUCCCCUUACUUCAGCGCAGUAAAAUUAAGAUGGCUCAGUGACAAUGUUGAUGCUAUAAAGAAUGCUAUGAAGAAAGGAACAUGUUGUUUUGGUACAGUCGAUACCUGGAUCAUUUGGAAUUUGACAGGUGGUCCCAAUGAUGGCAAGCAUGUCACUGAUGUAACCAAUGCAUCUAGGACUAUGAUGAUGAAUAUUGAGAACCUGGACUGGGAUCCAUUGUUGCUGAAGUUUUUUGAAGUUCCUAAGAGUGUGUUACCAGAAAUUAAAUCGAGUUCUGAGGUUUAUGGUUACAUAGCUGAUGGUCCACUGAAAGGUGUACCAAUAGCUGGUUGUCUUGGAGACCAACAGGCCGCCCUAGUGGGCCAAAUGUGUUUGCAAAAAGGCCAAGCUAAAGCUACAUACGGAACUGGUUGCUUUGUGCUUUACAAUACGGGCGAUAUUCGCGUCAAUUCUGGCCGAGGUCUGCUUACUACGGUUGCUUAUCAGCUAGGAAGCAAGAGCCAACCACACUAUGCCCUUGAAGGAUCAGUAGCUGUUGCUGGAGCUGCUUUAGGCUGGCUUAGAGAUAAUAUUGGCCUCUUGGAGAGUGCCAAGGAUUCGCAGGGUAUAGCUGAGAAAGCUACAGAAAAUGGCAGUGUUGUAUUUGUGCCUGCUUUCAGUGGUUUGUAUGCACCAUACUGGCGUCAAGAUGCGAGAGGUGUUAUAUGUGGAAUAUCUGAAGAUACGAACUCCAAUCACAUUGUAAAGGCUGCCCUCGAAGCUGUCUGUUUUCAAGUGCGGGACAUCCUCGAUGCUAUGAAUGAAGACUGCGGUAUUCCUCUGCAACUACUUAAGGUGGAUGGUGGCAUGACUUCUAAUGCUCUAGUCAUGCAAAUGCAAGCUGAUUUAAUCGGAAUCAACGUAAUAAAGGCUGGGUUUACCGAGAGCACCGCUUUAGGCGCAGCGCUUUGUGCCUAUUGGGGAGUGGAGCCUUCUAAGCAAGGGUCUCCUAUACCCAUGACCAGUGGAACUACUUACACCUCUCUUAUAACCGACGACGAACGAGAUAUGCGAUACAAACAGUGGAAGAUGGCUGUUGACCGAUCCCUUGGAUGGGAACAAAACUAAGUACCUAUUUAAUCGAAAUUCUAAUACUAAUAAUGCCUUACACAUAUUAAUCAAAGCAAUAACAUUUCAUAUACAACUGUUACAUAUUUAUAUACAAUUAUUUUUUUAAAUGUUCAAUACAGAGACUGAUAAGUACGAUAAUUUUAAAUUAAAUUAAACUAUUAUAUUUAAUUGGAUGCAAUUGACAAUAGUAGAUUCAGUACAAAUAGGUACACACCCAUUAUUUAGAUAGCAUAAUCUUCUAUACAAAAAAUAAGUGUUCAUGAAAUAACAAAUACAGAUAUAUUGUACAUAUUGUUGUAUAUUGCUAACUGUCAUUUUUUAAAAUCAUAUUACUAUAAUAAUGUAUGCAACAAAUUUUUGUUCAGUUAAAGUGCCAAGCAUCCAUUUUAGGGGUAGAACAUUUUCUUCAAUAAAAUAAAAUAGAUAUAAAGGUAGAAUCGACCUUUGAACAAAAUUGGGUACACUACAGCCGAAAUUGUCUAGUCUAUAAGUGUCAUUUCUUGCAUAGAGUAACUUUUAAAACCUAAUAACCUUGCCAUGCCUUUUUUUAAAGUUAUAAUAUUUAGUUCUGAAAUUGGCCUAAUCAUUGGUUUUAUUGCUAGUUAUAUUUUCUAGAUUCUAGCUUAUUAUAGGUCCGUUGUUCGAGAGGUCGCAAGUACGACUGCUAAUGCUUGACUUGAAAAGUUUUAUGUCUUUGACUGCCAAUAGAAAACUGUUGAAGGCAAAUCCUCCGCUAACGUCGGUCACCGGUGACCACCGCGGCGUUCAAUGUGUUAGUUUGAUUAUUCUAAAAUUUGUCAGUUACACCACUUAGUCUGGAGUUGUUGGCUGUCUGCAAUAGGCAUAGUUAAAAGUGGGUGUUAUUUGGUAUUGUGCAGUUCUGAUUAUACAGAGAUUAAAAAGAGUGACGUUGCUUUUGCUCUGAUUAUCGUUUUUACAUUGCAAUACUAUAUAUCCUUUAAUUAAGCAAAGUCCAUCAGUGGACAUACGUUUAUGUAUAUUUAUAGUAUAUUGUUGUUGUUUUUAAUCAGUUUUGGGUCCUGUUUUACUAAAAGUUGUAUUUUAAAUGAAAUGACAAAUAUUAUGUUAGUCAUAAAUAUACAAGGUUAUCUAUAAUGAAUGAUGUAACAUCACUUUUUGAUUAUAUUUUAAAUUUUAUAUAAAAGACAUAAAUAGGCACUAGAACAUUGAAAAUACGUGAUAUUUUAAUAUUUUAGCUCAGAUACAGACAGAUGAAGAUUCACAAUGAAUCUGCUGUAGCUAACUAUCUUAAUUUGUGUUUAACUAGCUAACUGAACGACGGGUUACGGUUACGCGUCCACAUGCCCGCGUCGUACGCAUCACACGUAACGGAUUUUAGUUUGUCUUGAAUAGAAACUCAUACAACUGCGUCCACUUAUCAGCAUUAUCAGCAAUGUCUACAACAUGCGGAAUGCGUACGAUGCGUGCGAUACGUAUGUUGCGGGCCUGUGGACGUUUUCCUUUAAUUAGCUAGCUGAGCUAUUUCAUUAAAUAGCUAAAUUUCCCGUUUAGGCCUAUCAUUAAAAAAAUAAAGAAUUGCCGUUAGAAUCGAGUUGAUACUGUAAUAGAUAGUUUACCAACGAAUAUAUUAUACAAUUAAUCGAACACGGAAUUAAAUUAGUUGGCUGUCAUAUAUUCAGUAUCACAGCAAAUAUUGAAUAUUGUGAGUUUUUAGUUCAUUGUUUUGUAAUAAUAGGUUUUUAUCUUCAAUUAUGAAUUGUGUUUAAAAGAAAAAAUGUUUAGGUUAAUUUUAUUCACUUUUUACGUGGGUUCACCAUUUCAUAAAUAAUGCAGCUUUCUUAAUUUUUUGCUUUAAAUGUACAAUUAAUAUUGAACUCUAAAGUUUUUCAUAUGUAAGUGCAUCUGUAAAAACUUUUUACAAAAACAUUAAGAUUUAUUUUUGCUUGUCAUGUUCACAAUCAUGUUUUUUUUUUUAUUUAUUUAUUUAUCUAUAAACAUUUACCAUUACAGGCUAACCCAAUUCGAAGUAAUGUAAUUAUAAGUAAUGCUAAUGUAAUUAUAAUUGUCACAUAAAAACGGUUGUUAUAAUACAAUAUUAUUUCAUGUUUUUGCAUAAUCCAACUAAGUUAUUGUCUAAUUAAGGUUUAUUUAACAAGAUUAUAUUAAAAUGUUGGUGUUCAUGUAAAUAUUAUCCAGGUUUUUUUUAUUGUGCAGGCACGCUUAUUGUUGUUUUAUAAAGUUGGUGAAUCAUGAUACUAAAAAUUACUUAUUUUAGUUUUAACUUAUACAAAAAAGACAUUGUUCUUCCUUAUUAUUUCAUUAUGAGCUGCAUAUAAAAUGUAUGGCAUUGUUUAAAAAACAGUAUCUAUUUUAAAAUAGUCCAUUGUACACAUUUGGCAUGGAAAUACAUUACCUCUACAACAAAUUGUCCCUCAACGAAACGACCCAUCAGAGCCGUCGAUAAAUAGAACCAAUCAAAGUAAUUGUCAGCGAUGACGUCACGUGGCUGCUAGGAUUGAUAAAUUUAAUAUACCUGUUAAUUUAAAUGUGGGUAAAUUGACAUUCCAUUCCUUAUAAAGAUAGCUUGAUUCGGUUCAUGUUAUUCUAAUAGUGUCUAUAAACCAAAACGUACAAUAAUCUGUGAUCGAAUAAUCUAACUGUAAUAUGUAAUUUACACAAAAUGGCGUCUGCUUUGCCUUAUGCAUCGUUGUUAAUUAACUAGGUAUCUAUAGCGAUUACACGAGUAAUUGUUGAGUAAUACUAAUCGUUAUGAGAAACUAAAUAAGUACUUAUAUGAAAUUGAAGUUAUCGAAAAUAACGAAAAUGAAGAUGAAAAAAAAAAACGAAAAUGAAGUAUCUAUAGAGAAGGAGAUACAGCUUUGAAUUUGUUGAUAUUUGGAAACAGAACAUUACCCCAUGAAACAUGAAAACUUUGAUUAAGAAGUCUUAUUGUUUUAAUAAAGUUGAAGAAAGCUAAAAUUAUAUGUUACUUCACUUCUCUGUAUUUAUAUUGAUUUGUUAUGAAUCAAAACGUUUGCCUACAUACCCUUGUAACGAAAAUAUGCUUUAGGGUGACCGGUAAUUAGUGAACGAUAUUUAAACACGUGAUUGUACUCAUGAUUACAAAUAACUUUCUCGAAGAAACUUUUUUGUAUACUCAUUAGUUUUAUUUUUAUCACAAUAACAAAACAACAAAAUUUCAUUAGCACGCGCGCUAGUUCCAAAAUACCUACUUGUCUUGCUAACAGCUGAUUAUGCGAAAGCACACAUACGCAAAAUUUUGUUGUUUUGUUAUUGUGAUAAAAAUAAAACCAAUGAAUGUAAUGUACAACCACGUGAUUAAAUAUCCUUCACUAAUUACCAGUCACCCUAUACACGUGUAUCCCUGUGUUUCCAAGUGUGCAAAAGUGGCCUUAUAUAAUGCUUUGGUGUAUUUCAUAUAUUACUUUAUGUAAGUUUUAUUAAGGUAUGCAACAAUACAUGGAAGUCAAAAACUUAACAAACUGAUUCGUCUGUGUCUUUAAAGUUUUAUCGAAUAUCAAUGUAAGGACCUUUGUAGUUCUAAAGCAAAAUGUUUAAUAGUGUUGACUGUUGAAAAUAAUAUAAAACAAAAUUAAUACAUAGUAUAAUCUUACAUAAUAAAAAACGUUAAAUAUUGUUGAAUCUGUGAUGAAUCCUCCAAUUAUUCUUAUCUACCGAAAAAUAAUUUGAAUAUGAUGUUAUUUUUUUGAAAUGGGAAUUUUUGUGGAUAAUAAUAAAAACGACGAUUUAUUUUUCUAUUGAUGUAUGUUAAAGAUACAAUUUUAUAUAUCCAUAAAGAAAUAAAAUCACGUAUAACUGCUCCCUGUUUUUUGUGAGCCACCUAUAUAGAAUUUAUUUGCUUGGAAAAAGAGUGGAGAGAUGAUGUUUUGAAAUUGCAACAACGAAGUAGGUAUCAUGUUAUGAAACGAAUUGUGUAACACGGAAAGUUUACAAAAUUAUUGGUUUUUAAGCACUACCGUAUUUAAAAGACCAUUAGAGUUAGUAUAUUGGUAAUUAUUGUUAUUUAUUGAUUCGUAUAUUCUUUAGGUAUAUUGAUUAUGACUACUGGACACGCGCUAAUUUUAAUUACCUUGCUAAAUAUUUUUUUGGACAAUCGACUUCAGAAAAUGCUGAGAUAUUACUAUAAAUACAGUAUUGAUAACUCAAAAUCCUUAUAGUGACAACGUCAAAAUUAGCGUGAGUUCCAAUAUAUAUUAAUGCCCCUGCGCACUAGAGCGGGACCGCUACGGGUUUUUACCGAAUAGUUUAGUAAAACAACUGAAUACAAGCGGCUGUACUUCUUCGGUUUGGUUUUGUAAAAAAGUAUCGGGAAAAAUUCAUCGGAAUACCGACAUGCAGUGUAGCCCUUACCUAACCAUGGCGAGAAAACUCACUGGAUGAUUUUCCCUCCUUAAAAAAAAGCCCUUCCCUAAACUGUAAUCAAAAUUACAGUUUUUUCUCGCUCUAGUAUUCUAAUACGUUGAAGGUAGUCUGCGGUUAAGAUUACCGUGGAUCCGCUCUAUUGCGGCGGAGGCCUAAAAAUAAAAUAUGUAAAUACUAAUUUAUGUAGGCACGUACAAUACUACCAGUUUGGCUAAUUUUUGGAUCCAAUUUUAUUUUUUCCUGGGCCUAGGUUUUAGUGUAUUUCAAGCUUUUGUUAUCAUUCCUAAUUUAAGGUGGAAGUCCUAUCAUUAAUAAAUAGUUUUCAUUACCA